UAUACCAUUAUUAUUUAUCGAUAACCUAUAAUAUAAAAUAUUUGCUACAAAAUUCCUGUUACAAUUUAGGAGUAAAUGCACUUCCAUGCCAUUAAUCUUAAAAAAUCCAACAUCUCAGUGUGGUUAGAGUCGUUGCAUUAUUGUAAAACUGAACAAUGACUAUUUAUAGGUGACUGGCGUUUGUGUGUCCGUUACCAUAACAGCCAGUUUAAUAGAGCGGCCACAUCGUAAUCUGAUUGUUCUGAGUCUUUUCACUGCUGCCGAGACAGAGAAGGGUCAGAAAACAAAACUGUUCAGUCUGUGGAGUGUGUAUUUUUUCUUUUAUUUUGAAAAGGUUUCUAUGUGAAAUGCUUGAGCAAAAUCAGAGAAGAGUCAAUGAGGAGUUUUUGUCCAGAUUUUGUGAUGGGGAAAGAAAAGAAAACAGCAAAACUAGAAAGACUGGAACCAAACACACGAGCGAUCAUCAUGGGUGAAGUAAAUAAAUCGAUUCCCAGGAUGAGACUUGUGAAAUCAAAGGAAAAGAUGAAAGUGAAGACAUCAAACAAAAGACUCCCAACAACAGACAAGGGUAUAAUAACCACAUGUGAGACAUCGGGGAACGUAAUGAAACUCUGUCUCAACUUAAUGCCUGUUUUAGCUUCAGCCAAGGAACCUGAAGAAGAAGAUGAGGAGGACAGAGAGGAAGAUACCAGCUCUACAAGUGCAGAGGAACCAAACACCAGCAACACACAUGACCCAUCUGCCACCAAAUCAGUGCAUCAAUCUCUCAGUACAAGUGAUUAUUUUGCAGGACUAACUCUGGACACAGCCACCGAAACCAAACAACCACUAAACUCUUUGUUUGUCCUGCCUCCCAUAACUCAACCUACAUCAGCUCCCAUGUGUGGUGGUGACCAUCACAAGACCCAGAAGUUCACAACAUCUCUACCUCGUAUCAGUUUACCUGAGAAAACAACAACUGUCUCAGAAAACAUUAAAACUGAAGUCAGCAGAGUCGAUGACACAGUGACAGAACACAUGACAGAUGCUGCUGGGCCCUGGAUAGACAACAUCCUGCUCUCGAAAUGUAGAUCUGCUGAGUUUCGUCUUCCUGACAUUUCUUUGACCAGUCUGGACACUCUGCUGCAGACUGUCACACAGAAACUGGGGAGGAAGAGGAGAAGUGGUGAAGGAGCAUGGGGACAAGUCCAGUCUGAUCACCUCCUCAUCACAGAACCACAUUUGACAGAGACGAGACCCGGACGGCAGCUCAACCAGACCAACAUGUGAGUGGAAGAUCAACACCAUCAUCAGUGGGUGGUGGACACAGUGGAAACAAACACAAGAGGCUCCCCGCACUUUUCCCUGCAACUAAGCCCACACUCAUGCUCAGCAUGACAAAGAGUGAACACGGACAUCGUCACUGUUGUGUUGGUUGCAUGUGAUUGCAACAGAUCGAUUGAAACACUGACAUUUUCUAAAGUAAAAAAGACAUUUAAAAUAUGCAGCUCCUUUGACUGGAACGUUCAAAAGAUAUGUGGGAAAAACUGAAGGAUCUGGUCUCAUCUGACACUUUGACAAUGUGUGUUUAAAGGACUUGAAACGCACUUUAUAAUGAUUUUCUUAAAUAUUUGCUGAUCUUGUGAUUUUAUAUUGUAUAUCGUAGCUACCCUUUAUAUAUAUCUAAACUUGGGACAAGGGUUUGUGUUUGGUUGAUUUCUUUGUUAAUAAAUCGCAAUUAGAGCUGAGACAAUUACUUGAUUAAUCGAUUAUUAAUCGUUUACUAAA